AUGGAGUUAAGCGUUAAAGUGAAACCAACAAAAAACAAACCUGCAUUCGGGAGAGAUCUCACCAUCUACGACUAUGCGAAUAGUUCUAAAUGUACAAACAGGGCGUCGAAGCAAAUCAGCAAGAUAACCAUUGCCGAAAUUGUACAAGAAUCAGAACCUUCUUCUGAAGAUCUCGAGCACGCCGAAGAAGGGCGUGCGGGAAAGAAAUGUGUUAUUGGCGACGUGGCUCGGAUUGUAUACAACGACUAUCACAUCGAUGUGUGGUUCCUUGUGUCGCAAUUUAUACCCCCGGAGGACGUGUGCCGAUUUGCACUUAUUUGUCGCAAAACGGCCGAAGUUGUACAAAGUGGCCGAUUCUGGACGCAGUUGUACCGAUCGUGCUAUGAUCGUUCCAUCGAUAUACCACCCCGAUUCCAACCGGAGAAUAUGAUGCGACUACGUGGUCUUAGAUCGACUGUCAUACAAUCCUUGUAUUAUAUUUACCCACCGUUUAAAAAUCGUCUAGCCACAGCAUCUUACCGAAACCCGUACCGGGUCGUCGGUCGGCAGCUACUGUCUACCUGGCAUAAGCGUACGAAACAUUGUUGGACAUAUUAUUUCCGGUUGAAGGCAUCAUUCAUGCCUGAAAGUCGACCAGUGCAGUCACUAAAACUUCAGCGAGAAAAAAACUCACUCCAGUUCAUGCAGGACAUCUAUAUGAAUCCGGAGGAAGGAUGUCAGAUAAUGAUGAUAAAAUCCGAUUUUCUAAAAGUGAUACCGAUGUACAACGAGAUGUUGUUUGUGAAAAACCUUACGCAGACACUCUCCCAGAGCAUGAUACGCUAUAAAGUUCGCCUAGAGCUAGGAAACUACUGUGGGAAACGGAUCAACGAGCUUGUCUUUGAUCCUGUCCACAGUGUUAUCGUGCUUGAUUGGUGGGAUCCGGAAUAUUACAAGGAGCUCGGCAGCACAACGCAGGAGGAAAAUUUGUCGUCCGAAAGAGAAUGGACAGAAGCGUUGGAGUGGGAUGAUUGAUUAGACGGAGGCGGAAUUCUUUCCCAGUACUGUGACUGUAGAUUAUUCCAUUGUGAUUGGAACACAUUUAAGAUUAUUACUUUUUUACAGUCACGUGUGAUUUUGCAGACAUACGAGAUAUGUCGCAACAUUCAUAGAAUCGAAAAGAACA